AUGGACAGGCAGGGCGACAGCUAUCGGGAACAUCAAAAUCAGCAACAGCAACAAUACGGCAUCGACGUUGCCCUUGAUGCUUCCCAUGACACGGACAUUGAACGUGUCCUCCUCUACCAGCCCGAGAUCUUUGGCCUGGUGCCGCACGACAGUCCGGCCGACCACACUGCGUUUGACUACGAAGUCAACCUCGAGGACGGCUGGCAACACUGGGACCAGGCGGCGGUGGCAGCGAGCUACACCAGCAGCAACAAGGCUGGAGAAGAUAGCGCGAGCAACAGCUAUGGUAUUGACAGCCACCAGACAAGCUUCGACGAGUAUGCCGGCUACGACGGCUACGACGGCUACGAUGGCUAUGCGGCUGCUUACUGCUUCAACAGCUCGCCGGGACCAACCGCUGACGAGACAGCAGCGGCCGAUAGUGGCUCUUUGUCUGCCAAUGUGAUCGCUGUCGACCCAGCCAACGACAAGACAGAGGCCGCCACCACCGCCGCCGCUGCUGCCCGGCCGUCGUCGUAUCGGUUUCGCCACGACCUGCCGGUGCCGACCGACUGGGACCCGCUGCAGCCGCUUUUGCGAGAGCUGUACAUGGUGCGGCGGCUCAGUUUGCGAGACGUGGCCGAGAUCAUGAAGGAACAGCAUCACUUCAGCGCCACGUGA